GAUGAUUUCUGAUUGGCCUCUUUAAUUUCUGGCCAAAAAAGUGAGGAAAUGUUUCAAGUAUUCGCCAAAGAGGACUGGAGGACCACACGUUGUGCUUUAUAUUCAGUUUUAUAUGCUGUAUGAUGCCCCCGUCAGCCAAACGAGGCCUGCGCAGAGAGGAGCUGCAGAUGGAGCUCGCCUGUGAAUGGGGCUCGUGUCAGGAGACGUUUGACAGGAUGCAGGACUUCUGCCAGCAUGUGGAGAACCACUAUAAAGUCACAGUGGACAGCAAGACAGACUUUCCAGAAGAGGAGCAUAACUGCCUGUGGCGAGACUGUGGCUUCUGCUCAGUGGAAGGAGAUGAAGAGUUUCUCAGACACAUAUUCUUCCAUUGCUACCACACCAAGUUGAAGCAAUGGGGUCUUGCUAUACUUAAAAGCCACAGCGACAUGGGUGCCUGCUCCGUCGGCCUCCACAACCGCAACAUCGUUCCUGAGGUCCAAGAGAACUUCCUCUGCCUUUGGGAGCACUGUGAGAUGUCAAUGGAUAAUCCAGAGUGGUUCUACAGGCAUGUAGAGAUGCAUGCCCAAUGUCUAGAGGCCAACGAAGAGAACGUGUUGUUUUGUGGCUGGAAAGACUGCGAGGCGUCUUUCAAGGGCAGGUUUAAGCUGCGAGAGCACAUGCGCAGUCACACACAGGAAAAGCUGGUUGCGUGUCCCACCUGCGGAGGAAUGUUCGCCAACAACACAAAAUUCUUUGACCACAUUCGACGGCAGACCUCCAUAGAAGGUCAAAGAUUUCAAUGUUCACACUGCUCUAAACGUUUCGCCACUGAGAGGCUGCUGCGAGACCACAUGAGGAAUCAUGUAAAUCAUUAUAAAUGUCCUCUAUGCGAAAUGACCUGUCCGUCGCCAUCCUCAUUGAGAAACCACAUCAAGUUUCGGCAUUCCAACGAGAAGCCUUACAGCUGUGACUACUGCGAGUACAGCUGUAAAAACCUGAUAGACUUGAGGAAGCAUUUAGACACUCAUAGCAGUGAGCCAGCAUAUCGUUGUGAUUUUCCUGAUUGUGACUACUCCACCCGCUCCUUUUACUCCAUCAAGAACCACUACAAACGUGCUCAUGAGGGAGACUACACUCCCCGCUAUAAGUGUCAUGUUUGUGAGCAGUGUUUCACCCGAGGGAAUAACCUCACAGCCCACUUACGCAAGAGACAUCAGUUCAAAUGGCCGUCAGGACAUCCCAGGUUCAGGUAUAAGGAGCAUGAAGAUGGGUUCAUGCGUCUACAGCUGAUCCGCUACGAGAGUGUGGAGCUCACCGAGCAGCUGAUUCGGGAGCGUCAGGGGGAAGGGGACAGCAGCGAGUCCAGCCAGCAGAAUGUCCAUCCUGGCGAGGAUUUGGAGGAGACCCCAGAGCCCCUCAGCGCCAUUACGGAAGCAAAAUCAAGAAAGGAUGAAACGGAGGUCUGUAGGACACAGGAUAAUUCAGAAAGUGUGUUUUUGGUUUUAUCUGCUGGCACCUCUUCAGAAACAGACUCUAUAAGAGAGGGGUCGGUGAUGCGGCAGCUGCAGGACACUGCCCAACAGCUGGGCAUGGAGGUGGUUUAACUGCGCCACACAUUACUGGAACUCAAGAAGUCAAUAAAGAGGGACGUCAGGACAUUCCAGUUAAAUCUGUGACACAACUUACUGUACUUAUGAGGCAAACGGGGGACCAAUGCUGGAAUAGAGUGUGUUUGACAAAGCAAGCACAUUGAACACCGCACUGGACAGAACAUGUAAAGCUCCACGAAGGUGAUUAAAGGGAUAGUUUAUCCCAAAAUGAAAAAUUCUGUCAUAGUUUCUGACCAUUAGGUCGUUCCAAUUCUGUGCUUUUAUUGUGCUGAACACAAAAGACGAUAAUCAAACAGAUCUCACCAGUCAUUUACUGCUGUAUAAUUAGAAAAUAAAUACUAUGGGAGUAAAUGGGUGGUUCUUUGACGUUCUUCCAAAUAACUUCCUUUCUGUUCACAAGUACACAAAAGACAUGUAUGCUGGAUUGGAACUACCUGAGAGUGAGUAGACUAUGAUAGAACUGAAUUUUUAUCAAUUAAAGGCAUAGUUUGCUCAAUCAUUUUCUCACUCUCAUGUUUCAAACCUUAUUAUUUAAUCUUUCAUGAAGCACAAAUGAGCUGUCUUUUCCAUUCAAUAAAAAUUAAUGGUAAUUUAGCUUGCCAUGGUUCAAACACAGCAAAAAGCACUAUUAAAGAUAAUACAAAUAAAAUACAAAUAAACUGUAUGCUACUGCAGGUAUUUAUACAUGUUUUAUCUUUUUUGAAGAAUAAACCAGUUUCCUUGAACGGGAAAACCCACAAUAAAGGUCAUGUUGUGAUUGUGUUUCACGGAAGAAAGGAAAUAAAGGGUUGAAAUACUAUAUAUGGGGUGAUUAAAUGACAAUUUUCAUUUUGGGCUUACCUAUCCCUUUACAGGUGAGAAAAAAGAAAAGGUGAAUGGAAAUGUUUAAUCCUGCUGAACAGCUUAAUCAGCUUUCUUUAGCUCUGCAGGUUCAGUCUCAAUGUGAAGAUUUCAAAAUGGAUCUCUGUGGAGAACUCUUUAUUGUGUAUAAUUUUAUACAGUAAAUAGUGAAUUGCUUGUUGUGAAGUUGUACUGGAAGUGCUUUUGAACUGACUACCAUGCCUGUUUAAUUUAUUUUUCAGCUUUAUAUUGAGGUCAGGUUUUUGCGGUUUGUAUUUUCGAAGGAAAGCACAUUGUGGAGGAUGAUUCCAGUUCCUAGCACUUUUUUAUUGAAGUAAAAGUAAUGUUACUUUAACAUUUCACUGCCUCUAAAAUAGUUUUGGCUACUUUCACUAAUGUUAAACGUUUUCAUUUUAUUUGCUAUCAAGUUCUAAAAAUCUAAUAGGGAACCAACAAUUCACAGACGAUACUACGUGACCAAAUUUCAAUUGAAAUAAACAAAGGCAGAUAUUUCAGUA